UUAACUGGUUGAAUUAUGCGUAAAUACCAUCCAUCAAUUCAUCCAUCCUUGUCAUCCAAUGAUUGCGUUGCGGAAGUGCGUCACAUUGUUUACAACUCUAACGGAUCUGGCUCUUAUAGAAAAAAGAAGUGUUUCAUAUUGAAACCCAGCCACUGUCAUUCAGUGAAAGUUGUGACAAUGUUGAGCAGUAAAUCCAACGAGGAGAUCAGAUUGAUGCUGGAUGAUUAUGGAAUAAAACAUGGUCCUGUGGUCGAUUCCACCAGAGCCCUUUAUGAGAAGAAGCUGAGAGAAGCCAUGACUAAACAGCGAAGAACCAAACCUCAAUCCAAUAGGACAUAUUACAGGGAGGAGGAGGAGGAGGAGGAAGUCACUUAUGUUCACCAUCGCAGGCCUCAACAAUAUGGUGAUGUGAGCGACAGAACGUGGUCCGAUUAUAGAGGGAUGGACUACAUAGAUGAGCCUGCUUUAUAUAGGACUCAAGCUUCUUAUCGCAAUACGUCACAAACAAGAAACAUGUCACCGGAGCCUCAAAUUCAGAAAACACCAGAGAGGAGUUCAACGCGCUUGGUCCCAGUUUGGCUACAGAUAUUAGUGUUUCUGAUUGUUUCUGGACUUCUGUACUUUGUUUUUAUUAAUAUGGAACCAGCAGAGCCUGUCAAAAGACUGACGUAGCCUGAUCUAAUCAAACCGAUGUCACAUUUUUAAAACUGCAAAUAUUCAUCACAGUAAGUGAUUUUUUUUUUUUUUUUUUUUUUUACAUUUUGCAGUGAAUUUUAACUUCAUAAAGGUUGAUGGUUACUGUGUGUGAUGUUUAAUCAAUGUAAUAGCCCAAAACUUUCACUCACUUGACAAUAUGAAGGAAGUGGGUGUUGCAGGAUGCACCUGUUGAAGUAUUAUUUUUAAAAUGUUUUAUUUUCUUACUAGGUCAAGAUACAAUAAUUGUCCAUCGAAUUCAUUUUACAAACUGUAUUUUUAGUCAUUUCUUGUGCUUUUAACAGUUUGGUAUAUUACUACUUGACUGCUACUAGAAAACUUUAAAGCUUUUUUGUAUCAAUUACAUAAACAUAUUGUACAGAUUACAA